UCAGGGGGAAGCCUUGAGUGUACCGUCGUUUGUAGGUCCAGUAAAGCAGAUCUAUAUUGUCGCUUGAGAAGAGGUUCAAACGAUAGGGGAACGUGGUUUUUUCCUGACGAGUUUCUCUAUCGCUGAUGAUUACGAUCGGCGAAUUUGGUUUGUGAUGCAAAGCUGUUGAGAAUCUGAAUUCCUGAGAAGCGGAAAAGGGGACACAAAUGGGAGAGACAAACCAUGCCACCGAUGAGGACUUACUUCUCAAGAACUUCUUCGCCGAAGUUAGCGAAGUUGAGCGGGACAACGAAGUCGCUAGGAUUCUCUCUUGUUUUAAGCUGAACCCAUUUGAGCAUCUAAAUCUUCCAUUUGAUUCAUCACAUGAUGAUGUCAAAAAGCAGUACCGCAAGUUGUCAUUGAUGGUUCACCCUGAUAAAUGCAAGCAUCCACAAGCAAAGGAAGCCUUUGGAGCAUUAGCAAAAGCCCAGCAAUUGUUACUUGAUCAAAAUGAAAGAGAUUACCUUCUCAGCCAAGUUAAUUCAGCAAAAGAGGAGCUUAGAGCGAAGAGGAAGAAGCAAUUGAAGAAAGAUACUGCUUCAAAAAUUAAGUCUUUGGUAGAAGAGGGAAAAUAUGAUCAUCAAUAUGAACAAUCAGAGGAAUUCCAGCAGGAGCUUAAACUCAAGGUCCGUGAGCUAUUAACAGAACAAGAAUGGAGGAGAAGAAAAAUGCAAAUGAGGAUAUCAGAGGAGGAAGGCAGACUAAAACGGGAAGAAGAGGAACAGAAGGAGAUGUGGAAAAGAAAGCGUGAACAUGAGGAGCAGUGGGAAGGAACCAGGGAACAGAGGGUAUCCAGUUGGAGAGAUUUUAUGAAGGCCGGAAAGAAGGGUAAGAAAGGAGAGAUUCGCCCUCCAAAACUUAAGACUGAAGAUCCCAACAAAUCCUACGUUCAGAGGCCUGUGAAGCGCGGUUAGGCUCGUCAACUGUGUUCAAGAAUUUCAUAGGCAAUCCGAAUUGCUGGUAUUUAGAAGUUCAGGAGAAGUCGUCCAUGUAGGCAAUCCCUUGUAUCAAAAUCAAACUUGCAUAAAUGUUUGUUGUGGCGAUGAGAGGCAUCUUGAGCGUUGACCUCCUUAUCCGAGUGAAAAUAGCUACACCUAGCUGGCAACAUCAAUAUAUAUUGUUAAUGUCGAUGCUAGAGAGACAUCGGGACUUUGGUGCAUGGAAAAUAUCGCUGUUUGAUUGGA